CAAUCUCUCAACCGGAACCGAAAAGAGCCAAUUUUGACCAAAAACCCAAACGAAACGACCCAUCGAGAACGAUUAAAGAUAAGGGUAUAAGGAAACGUUCCCGGGCCUUUGUUUAAUUGUCGUUGAGUGAUUCGGGCACGCUGUCAGCAGACGAAGAUUACUGGAGAGAGAGAGAGAGAGAGAGCGAGAGAGAGUUAGGGUUUCAGAGAAAGAGCCGUAGAGGGGUCUCUUCAGCUCCGAUCAAUUGCGUAUUUUAGGAUAAUUCUUUGUUCCGUCAGAAAAUCCGUAAAUUGAUAUAAGAAUUGCAAAAUUAGAUGGAGGACUGGGAGGAUGAGAAAAUUCCAGCUCUUCUUUCUAAUGACCAACCGAUACGUAAAUGGGACGACGAAGAUGUGGAUGAAAAUGAUAUUAAGGACUCAUGGGAGGAUUUUGAUGAACCUGCUCCUCUGGAACCCGCAACAAAGCCAGCUGCUGAAAAGGCUCCCAAGAAACCUGCAACAAAAGCUACUGAAAAGAAAGGAAAAACUGUUGAAGUAGAACAAGAGCCACUGGAUCCCAUUGCUGAGAAACUUCGCCAACAAAGGCUGGUGGAAGAAGCAGACUACAAGUCCACCAAGGAACUGUUUUCUAGUAGAGGUGAUGACAAAACCAUUGAUAAUUUCAUUCCCAAAUCUGAAAGUGACUUCCUGGAAUAUGCAGAACUUAUUUCUCAUAAACUUCGUCCAUUUGAGAAAAGUUUCCAUUAUAUUGGUCUUCUGAAGGCAGUAAUGAGACUGUCAAUGACUUCUUUAAAAGGAGCAGAUGCAAAAGAUGUUGCAUCUUCUAUUACGGCAAUUGCAAAUGAGAAGAUAAAAGCAGAGAAGGAAGCAAAUGCUGGUAAAAAGAAGACAGGUGCGAAGAAAAAGCAGCUACUUGUUGAUAAGCCGGAUGAUGAUAUAGCUGUUGAUGGCUAUGAUCCGCUCGAUGACUAUGAUUUUAUGUGAGUGUUUUGAUGUAGCAAGUUUUAUCAAAAAGGCAGUACAGGAACCUGUAUUUUCAACAUUGAAGUAGGGAGUAAGAUUCAUCCGGCCCCCCUCAGAGGAGAUUGAUUGAUAUGAGUGUUAUGUAUUUUGAUCGAAUAAGAGUGUCAGAUUGCCUUUUCUUAUAUGAUGGUCAAUUUUGUUAGUCACGGAUGCUUGCAUUGCACUCAUUGGCUUGUCAAAUUAAAUAUAUUACUACAGUUGAGCAAGUUUUGCUUAUUUUUUAUCUGGCUCC